AUGGCCGGGGGCGGCGGAGCGGAGCGGCCCGGGGCCGGGGGGCUCCUGCCGCCCGCGCUCCGCCAGCACCGCCGCAGGGAGGGCCGGGAGCGGCUGUCGGUGUGCAGCAAGCUGUGCUACGCCGUCGGGGGGGCUCCGUACCAGAUCACGGGCUGCGCCCUCGGCUUCUUCCUCCAGAUCUACCUCCUGGACGUGGCGCAGGUGGACGCUUUCUAUGCCUCCAUCAUCCUAUUUGUGGGGCGAGUGUGGGAUGCCAUCACGGACCCCAUGGUGGGGUUCUUCAUCAGCAAAACUUCCUGGACUCGCUUCGGCCGCCUGAUGCCCUGGAUCAUGUUCUCCACCCCUUUCGCCAUCAUCUCCUACUUCCUCAUCUGGUUCGUGCCAGACAUCUCCACAGGACAAGUGAUGUGGUACCUUGUCUUCUACUGUGCCUUCCAGACCCUCGUGACGUGCUUCCACGUGCCUUACUCAGCCCUCACCAUGUUCAUCAGCAGGGAGCAGAGCGAGCGGGACUCGGCCACUGCCUACCGAAUGACCGUGGAGGUGCUGGGCACCGUGCUGGGCACUGCCAUCCAGGGCCAGAUCGUUGGCAAGGUGGACACUCCCUGCGUGGGCAGCCCCUUCUUCUUUGGCUUGACCAACUCCUCGGUGGCCAUGGAGGAGCUGAACAUGACCCACGACACCAGGGGUCUCACAGACACUAGAAACGCCUACAUGAUCGCUGCAGGGGUCAUCGGGGGGCUCUACAUCCUCUGUGCCCUCAUCCUGGUGCUGGGCGUGAGGGAGAGGAGAGAGUCCUGUGAGCUGCAGUCGGACGAGCCUGUCUCCUUCUUCCAGGGGCUGAAGCUGGUGAUGAACCACGGGCCCUACAUCAAGCUCAUCGCCGGCUUCCUCUUCACCUCGCUGGCCUUCAUGCUGCUGGAGGGAAACUUUGCCCUCUUCUGCACCUACACCCUGGGCUUCCGCAACGACUUCCAGAACAUUCUCCUGGCCAUCAUGCUCUCGGCCACCCUGACCAUUCCCUUCUGGCAGUGGUUCCUGACCCGUUUUGGGAAGAAGAGAGCUGUCUACGUGGGCAUCUCAUCUGCCAUCCCCUUCCUCAUCCUCGUGGUUGUCCUGGACAGUAACCUCUUUGUCACCUACCUGGUGGCCGUCGCCGCUGGCAUCAGCGUGGCAGCCGCCUUCCUCCUGCCCUGGUCCAUGCUGCCAGAUGUCAUCGAUGACUUCAAGCUGCAGCACCCCAGCUCCCGUGGCCACGAGGCCAUCUUCUUCUCCUUCUAUGUCUUCUUCACCAAGUUCACUGCUGGGGUGUCCCUGGGCAUCUCCACGCUCAGCCUGGACUUUGCAGGGUACCAGACCAGGGGCUGCUCCCAGCCUGGCCAGGUGCAUUUCACCCUGAAGAUGUUGGUGUCUGCUGUGCCCGUGGGGCUGAUCCUGCUGAGCCUGCUGCUCUUCAAGCUCUACCCCAUCGACGAGGAGAAGAGGAGCAAGAACAAGAAAGCCCUGCAGGAUUUAAGGGAGGAGAGCAACAGCAGCUCAGAGUCGGACAACACAGAACUGGCCAGCAUCGUGUGACCCGGGCUGGGUCUGCCUGCUCACCCUGGGCCGCCCCAGGGCUUGUCCCCCCCGGGCUGGAGGUGCUGGAGGAGCCAUGGGGAGCAUCCACUGCCCAGAACUCGGGAUCUGUGCCUGUCCUGCACCUUGCACGGGGCCCUGGAGGUGCUGGAGGAGCCGUGGGGAGCAUCCACUGCCCAGAACUCGGGAUCUGUGCCUGUCCUGCACCUUGCACGGGGCCCUGGAGGUGCUGGAGGAGCCCUGGGGAGCAUCCACUGCCCAGAACUCGGGAUCUGUGCCUGUCCUGCACCUUGCAUGGGGCCCUGGAGGUGCUGGAGGAGCCGUGGGGAGCAUCCACUGCCCAGAACUCAGGAUCUGUGCCUGUCCUGCACCUUGCAUGGGGCCCUGGAGGUGCUGGAGGAGCCGUGGGGAGCAUCCACUGCCCAGAACUCGGGAUCUGUGCCUGUCCUGUGCCUUGCAUGGGGCCCACAGAGCACUGGUAGUGUACAUUACACACAUGGUGGUGCCUCCCCAGGGACAAGCAUCUCCCUGUGGGGCUCUGGAGGGCAGGGAAGCCCAGUCUGGGUUGGUUUUGCCUGGAUCAGCCGUGCCCAGUGCCCUGCCUGCCUGGGGGUGAUCGUUAGUGUACAUUACACUGUGCCCAGGACGUGAGCUCACCUCUGCUGUCUCUUCAGAGGGCACUAAUGUGAGACCUGUGCUUUUUUUACACAGCCUAAUUAACUUAAUGAUGUAAAUAUGGAGGUGUUUCCUGAUUGUAUAUAUCUGUACAAAGCCCAAACCCGAGGACUUGUUAAUAUUAAUUUACAUAAAAGUGGGGGAAGUCG